AUGGAGACCCAGACUGUGCAGCAGGAGCUGGAAACCCUUCCAACCACCAAGAUGGCUCAAACCAACCCCAUGCCGGGGUCCGUGGGGCCAUGGAAGAUAACCAUCUACGACCAGGAGAAUUUCCAGGGCAAGAGGAUGGAGUUCACCAGCUCCUGCCCAAAUGUCUCUGAGCGCAGUUUUGAUAAUGUCCGGUCUCUCAAGGUGGAAUGUGGCGCCUGGGUUGGUUAUGAGCACACCAGCUUCUGCGGGCAACAGUUUAUCCUGGAGAGAGGAGAAUACCCUCGCUGGGAUGCCUGGAGCGGGAGUAAUGCCUACCACAUUGAGCGCCUCAUGUCCUUUCGCCCCAUCUGUUCAGCUAAUCAUAAGGAGUCUAAGAUUACCAUCUUUGAGAAGGAAAACUUCAUUGGACGCCAAUGGGAGAUCUGUGAUGACUACCCCUCCUUGCAAGCCAUGGGUUGGCUCAACAACGAAGUUGGUUCCAUGAAGAUACAAUGUGGGGCCUGGGUCUGCUACCAGUAUCCUGGAUACCGUGGGUAUCAAUAUAUUUUGGAAUGUGACCAUCACGGAGGAGACUAUAAACACUGGAGAGAAUGGGGUUCUCACGCCCAGACUUCCCAGAUCCAAUCGAUUCGCCGUAUCCAACAGUAG